AUGACAUUUCAGAAAAAGGGCAAAGAUCCAUCUAGUAAGGAUGCUUGGCAACGGAUCUACGGGGAAACGCCUGUGACAGUGAAAGAGGCGCAUCUGGAAUGGGUUUUCAAACCCCAACUCCAGUUCCGUAACCGAGAAAUACGGUAUUUUAGAAGGAAGGAUAUCUUCCACAAACAAGCAUUCAUUGAGAUUGAGCUCCAUAUGCUGGGCAAAAUUGGUAGUUCAACGGGCCAACCGCACAAAGGAUGGGCGUGUGCCGGAGUUUCGGCUGGAGGCAAUGUAAAAUGGAUUCGCGAACCUCCAGCUCUCUCAGGAUUACCGCUCAUCAUAGGUCCAAAAGGUUCAUCUCCACUCAAGACGCAUGUCAGGGAUCUCAGAUAUGCUCGGCCCCAUUUCCCUGGAGGCCGCAGGACUCUCGCCCCAAACUUGCUCAAACAAACUCGCUGGCUUUUUGCCAACCCUGACACCCCUCAAAAAGCAAGCACAAAAGCGCUACUUGCAAGAGUUGCUCCCAAGCUUCAAGGAGCAUUUGACGGUGUUGGGAAUCGAGCCUAG